GCUUCAUCACGUCCUCCUUACAGCAGCUGAUGGACCACGACAGCUUCAGCAUAGCCGCUGGUAGCUUGUUAGCACGAUGAAGCAUGACAUAUGGAAGGACAUGGACAGGACAGAGUCACUUGCGUAAAAGCUGGCAGGAGAAUAUGAAGAACCUGAACACUCACUGUGAAUGACUGACUUUAUUUAAGGACUGUAAACAAACGCGACACCGAGACGUUCAAACUGGAUGUAAACAAUGCUCCAUUAGAUCACCUGGAUUAUAAUUAAUGCAGUCAUCCCGUCGGACAGCUGGCAAAAUGCAAAAACCCGAAGAGGAAACCGAGAUGAUUUUCGCAUAGAUGGCGGUAAUGCGCCCCGCCGCUUGUUGCUACCUACCACUAAAACCAAAGAAGAAGAGCUGUAGCGUUAGCUUCACGGCUGUGGACGCAUAUAGCAGCGAUGCUUCCGAGUUGGUUUCAGUUGAGGAGCCACCAUGGGCGCUCGGUGCGCAGCCUAACAUGCUCAUAACGCUGUGCUACGUCUACAUGUGGGUGCGCUUUCACAGGUGCUACUCUGCGCUGAUCCGGAGCAGUCUGUCCCGGCUGAACAGCAGCAGCUUCAGCUUCAGCCUGUGCUCGCGCCGCGCCACGCGCGCGCGUUCAGGCUCGCUUCAGCUCGAGGACAACGUGUUUCUUCAGCGGGGAGAUAAGGCCGUGUAUGUUAGCGAGCCUCAGGUAUGUGAGGACCUCAGCCAGUGGACUGUUCUCCUGCGGUCCUCUACCGUUUAUGCUCCACGAAUAGACAAUAUUUUUUUCAUCAUAGAAGCUACAGAACAUAAAGUGGGCUCUCCUUCUCAUCGGCCGUCUAAUAAGAAAGUGCUGAAGUUGUCCGACUGCUGUCUCCCUGUGGCGUGUUGCCCUGGCCAGCCGUUCAGGGCAGUCGCUCGAGCCACCGUGGAGAGCUACAGCCAGCUCGGGAUAGCUUUCAUAGAAGAUCGCCUCCAGCUGGACAAUGGACUUACGCCCUCAAAGAUAGUCCCUGUCCUCCUGCAAGAAUCCACUCUGAGUGCGCUGCUGGACCAGCAGUGUCCACAGAGCCUACGGGCACAGUCGUCACUGCUUCCCUGUAGCACUGAAGAGCCUAUAGCUCGCCACCAUCAUCUGCAGUGUCGUAGAGGCAGCUUCCUUCUCAUCCCAGAGGUAAAGAGGAGGUUAGAGGACCGGCGAGGGUCAGAGCCACUCCGCAGCUCCCAGGUUUUGGGAUCUCUCGGUGACUUGGAGGAACACUCCCUGGGGAAUCAUCACCACAUGGAGGGCCACGGACACCACCUGCAUCUGUCCAGCUGCCAUGAAUGUCUGGAACUGGAGAACAGCACCAUACUCUCUGUCAAAUAUGCCUCCGCUGAGAAUAUUCCAGACCUCCCGGAUGAUAACUCGGUUGGAAAUGAGCAUCUCGAUGAAAAUCAUUCCCAAGGGGUUUUUGGUCAAAGCGGUGGCAAACCCCCAAAUGUUCUCGUCUACACGGGGGGCUGUCAGGAGCGUUUUCAGACAGUUCGCCAGCUUUUAUCAGAAUGUAUAAACAUGGAAAGUAACAUCAUCUAUCUGCUCCAGCCAGAGCAGGCACUGAAUGAUCCCUGGCUGGAAAACACAAGACUCCUGGUACUGGCAGAAGAGGAAACCCUAAGUCCCCAGCUUCAGACCCGCUUUCUCACCUACCUGAGCCAGGGGGGCAAGGUCCUCGGGCUAGCCUCUUCUCUGUGCCCUGCAGGACUCUGCCUGGAAGUCAGGCAGAGCCAGUACAUGCAGGUCAACAAGCUGAAUUUCACCAGGGAAGACAGCACAGAGCUGAAUCUGAGUAUACUGGCGAGUGGGAAAGUCUACAUCAGGGAUCCUCGGGGGGGAGGAGAAGUUGAACUGUGGGGGGAGCUGAAAGGGGAUGUCCCCCAUAAGGAUAUGGUUAUUGUACGACUGACCCACGGAAGGGACGGUGGAGAAGCUGUCCUUUGUCAGGUCCACUUUGAAAUUGCUCCCAACUCUCAGAAUUUGCCAUUGGAUACUUUUGAUGAACUGAAGGUCAACAAUGCCUCGCGGUAUGAAGUCUUGACAGAAAUCCUCACCUCUCUAGGCCUCAAAUGUGAACCAAGUCAGACUCCAAGUCCAAGUGCGGUACACCUGCUCGCUAUCUCUCAGGAGGCCAAGGCCAGAUUCCUGAAAUGGCUCCAGGCUCAUGUAGAACACAACGGUGUCCUUACGUUGUCCAAGGCCUCCCUUGUCGUGACGUCUGGUUCAGACCUUCAGGAUGCUCUUUUGCUGCCUAAAGGCUCUGUGGCCCUGGUCACUAAUUCUGCAGAGUCGCAGAGCUGGGCCCACUUUAGUAUGGAGACCUACAGCAAGAACCUGAAGACCAAGCUGCUGGGUCACACUGUUCUGUUUGCCGAAGUUGUCACUUCUACCAUGGAUCUAUUAGAAGGGCUGACUGUACACUUACCAAGAGACAUGGGUUUAAUAGUAGUAGCUACUCAACAAAGCCAGGGAAGAGGUCGGGGCAGGAAUGCCUGGCUCAGCCCUCUGGGUUGUGCCAUGUUCACUCUGAAUGUCCAGAUUGAGCUGAACUCCAAGCUUGGACAGAGGAUUCCCUUCCUGCAGCACCUGGCUGCUCUUGCUGUAGUGGAGGCUGUUCGCUCACUUCCUGGAUAUCAGGACAUAGAUCUGAGGGUGAAGUGGCCCAAUGACAUCUACUACAGUAACCUGAUGAAGCUCGGAGGAGUGCUGGUGACUUCCACAGUACUGGGACCAACUUUUCAUCUGCUCAUAGGCUGUGGGUUUAAUGUGACAAACAGCAACCCAACAGUGUGCAUCAAUGACCUGAUCCAGUCGUACAACUUACAGCACAACUGUAGCCUGCAGCCGCUCAGCUGUGCCCAGCUCAUUGCGAGGACUGUCAACUGCCUGGAGGCCCUUAUUGACAGCUUCCAGCAAGGAGGCCCAGAAUCUGUCCUGCCCACCUACUACAAGAGAUGGCUCCACAGUGGAACCUGGGUGCGUCUCUGGAGUGAGGACGGCCCAGAGGUUCAGGUGAUGGGUCUGGACCACAACGGUUUUCUCCAAGUGCACAGCAAGGAGCAGGGUGUGGUCUCAGUGGAGCCGGAUGGAAACUCGUUUGACAUGCUGAAGAAUCUGGUGGUCAUCAAAACACAUUAGGACCAAAUUCAUAAAGCACAGACUCAUCGUGUGUGUGUGUGUGUGUGUGUGUGUGUGUGUGUGUGUGUGUGUGUGGACCAUGUUAACCAGAUGUUUUUAUGUUGGUCAGGUUACUUGUUCAGAAACAUACAGUAGUGACAAAGAGAGAAAAAUCAUAUAGAGAUCUCUACAUUGGUAAUGACUGGUGCGCGGGUUUGGGACUACUAAAUGAUGUUAAUGUCUUACAAUGUAUAUUCAUUUUGUCUUUCAAAAUAAAUCUUGUACCUGUCACUAGAACAAUUCCAUGAAAACAGUGAACAGUGCAAUUUGGACUGUUGCUAUUUUCAGCAAAAUAAAGAUUUCCACACACGUUUUAUGUCAAUUCCUUUUUACCUAAACUAUUUCCUGGUUAGACCCUUUUUUCUGUAAUCAUGAUUUUCAGGGGAAGCUUAUAAUGUUCCGGCAUAUGGAGGACCCUGGAGUGUCCUGAAAGGCCUGAGGAUAAAGAUGUGCUGAAAAGUCUAGCAAGUCACUGACAAAGCUUUUCUUUGGAUGUUAGCUGCUUUUUGUUCAUUUUUUUGAUCCCCCCACUGCUUCAGUAAUGAGCUUCAGCAUCUGGGAAGGCCAUUCCAGGACUGUCAGUGUUCCAUUGUAUGUUUUUCCAGGUAUGCUUUAACUGCACUGUUUAGGAUCAUUGUCCUCUUGACAAUCUCUCACACUCACUGCACCACUCUCCUGACGUCCUGCAUUCGUGUAAAUGACUAUUUGAAUAAAAAUUGUCAAACAAA